AUGAGCAGCACCGUGCUUAAUAAACCGGCCGCGGAGCCCAAGGAGACCUCGCCAACCCCCAAGCCCCAGCAGCCCCGGGCGACAGGGGAGGCGAGCGGCAACCCGGCCGUAACCGCUCUCAACAAGCUCGGCCUCUCGAUCUUCCAACAGGGAGCUCGCGCGCGCACGCGUGGACAAGUCGCGGCCUCCCGCGGCAGCCCCAGUUACGACCGAGGGCGCCAUGCUCAGGCGGCGGAGCACCUGGACCACAACGUCCUCCUGUGCCCGGCUGCUGUGACGGCGUCCCUCCUGACGACGCUGGGGUGCGCCGAGGCCGAGACGCACCUCCAGUUCCUCGAGCUGAUGGUCAAGGAAGGGGGCAAGCUGGAGCACCUGCAGGCGGCCGUGUUCGGCGUCUUCGACGCUUUAGAGAAGGACAAGGCCAACGCCGAGGCCGCCCUCAUCUAUAGGAUGUUCGUGAGCCGACACCUCGAAUUGAGCGCGGAAUGCGAAGAGAUGCUGAAGACGCAGCUGCGGUGCCGCGCCGACCGGGUGUCCUUCCGCUCGAGCACCCCCGACGACAUAGCGUACGCCGUGAACGGGUCCUUCGCCGACGGCAGUCCGCUCAUCGGAGAGGUGCUCGCUCCGCAGGCCGUCGACACCACCGCCAGCCUGCUGGUCGCCUCGGCAUUCCACUACAGGGGCCUUCGGGAGCCGCCGUUCACGUGCAGCCCGGAGGAACUGUCCUUCAAGCCGACGGCGACCACGCAGGUGUCGCUGGAGUUCCAACAGGGUGCGGGCUCCUUCAUGUACGGCGAAAUCGGGAACACCGAGGCGACCAAGGUGCUCGAGUUGCCGUACCGCGGGGGCGCCGUGUCCCUGCUCCUUCUGUUGCCGGACAGGGCUCGACUUCUGAAGGACCUGAUAGUUCAGCUCACGCCGGCCUUCCUAUCGAGGGUCGCCGGCUGCCUCAAACCGAAGAGAGUGCGCGUCGAGAUGCCACAUGCCAAGAUCGAGGCCAGGUACACGCUGAACACGACGCUGAUCCGCGCGGGCGUCAAGCAGGCGUUCAUGCCGAGCGCCGACUUCACCCACCUGGUACCCAACGGUGGAGUGCGUCUCGGCGACCUGCUGCACAAGGCCACCCUGGUGCUGGACGAAGGCAGGCCCGCGGCCACCGACAAGGAACAGCAGGACGCGGUGGCCACGUCGGCCGCCACGCUCGGACCGGACGACGUCGAGUUCGAGCUGACGCGCCCGUUCAUCUUCGUGUUGCGUAACACCAGCGACGGCUGCAUCCUGCUCCUCGGCGUCGUCAGGGACCUCAAGAAGAUGCAGUCGCAGCCCGCGACCGACGGCCCUGUUGGGGUCGGCGUCCAGUAA